UGGAAACUGGUCAUCAACUAGUACGAGUCAUCUCUUCUCCGAGGGAAACAACAGCAGUCCCGCACAAGACUGGAAAUAUUUGUCAUUUUAUUUGCAGGUCUGACCCUAAGAGGACAAGAUGGAUGCUUUUAAAUGGCCCCUCUUCUUUGUGUGGCUUCUCUUUAAAGUUGUUCAAACUGAAGCCUCGUCCUGGACCAUUCAGGUGCCAUCCUCAGUUAAAGGUCUCCCUGGAUCCUGUGUGGUGAUUCCCUGCACAUUUAACUACCCAGAUCCAGACAAGGUGGUCACUAAAUUCACUGGGAUUUGGACUGAUGCAACGAGUCACGUCAUCUAUCACCCAGUUGAGUCUAAAAUCAUGCAGCAGUAUCGGAGUCGGACGGAGCUGCUGGGAGACGUCACACAGAGGAACUGUUCACUGAAGAUUGAUCCCCUUCAACAAACUGACCAAGGGCCAUUUUAUUUCAGGAUUGAAAUUGCAGAUUACAACAAUUUUUCUUUCAAAGAGAACAGAGUCUCUAUUUCAAUGACUGGUAAACUAAACAUGGCUGUCUCUGUGAAAGAGGAAGUAGUGGAGGGCCAGACUGAGGUGGCUUCCUGCUCUGUGUUUCCCUCCUGCCCCACCUCUCCUCCUGUCUUCAACUGGAGUCACUCUGGAGAGCAGAUCCAAUCACCGCAGUUUGACGAUGGCCAGUGGAAAGUAACAGCUAAUCUGACCUUUCGCCCUACCUAUGCUGACCACAACAAGCCUUUACUCUGCACCGUAACAUACAAGGGAGGGAGGAAACAGGAGGCAGCCAAGGUCCUCAAAGUAAAGCACGCCCCAGUGAAUGUGAAGGUUGAGUACAAGGCAGAUGUAAAGGAGGGAGAGGCUGUGCAGCUGAAAUGCUCCAGUGAUGCUCAUCCUCCUGCCAGCAGCUAUGAGUGGCAUAAUGAAAAAGGUGCUCAGCUGCAUCGGGGAAACCACUACAUGUUGCCAAAUGUGUCCAGACACGUAGGUGCAUUGUACUGUACUGCCAUCAACACAGAAGGACGAGGCAAGUCGAGCCCUGUGCAGCUCAGUGUGUUAUAUGCCCCUGAGAUUAAGACCGUCUCGUCCUGCUCCUCAGAGGGGGGUAUGGUAAAGUGUAUGUGCAUUGUGGAGUCCAAGCCUCCCUGCACGCUCCAUUUUGUACUUUCGGACAGAGUCCUGCCAGGAACCAAGGUAGAGAAACAUGGCUCUGUUACCAUUGGGACUCUGCAGGGAGAGUUUGGAUCCUCUGAGUUCGUCCUCUGUCUGGCAAACAACACUGAGGGCAAUGCCAAACUCACACUCUCUUUACCCGUCACCGGUAAGAUGCAGAAUCUCUAUAUUGCCAUCACCAUUGGAGCAGUGGUGGCUUUGGUGAUAGUUUUAGUAGCAGUGGGGUUUGUCAUAAAAUGUAGGGGGAAAUCUGGAGAUAUGCCAGCACAACAUUUAAGUGCCAUGACAGCAGCUGAAGAGAUCUCUCAGUACGCUACAACAAAAAGAAAAGAGAUGGACUAUGAUGACAUACAUAUCCCUGGAUAUCAUGACAAUGAUCAUGUAUAUGGCAACAUGGAGACUGACUGGGAUGAUGCUAUAUACGCCAAUAUGUAACAUGGUUGAAUUCACUGGAAGUGUGGCUGAAGUCUCUCUGCGUGUUGUCCAGAUGAUGUGGAUCAAGAAAUUUGUAAAAAAAAAAAAAAAAAAGAAACACUGAAUUAGUGCUAUUUUAUGUGGAUAUUACAUAAAAACAUUUUUCUGUAUCCUGCAAUUCACAUAUUACAUAAUGGGUUCAUGUCGUCAAGUAACUUUGUGAAUAAUGUGCUCGUGUUUGCAGUCAGUUUCUCUUGUCCAGAACUUUUCCUGUCUGCUUGUCUGAUCAACAAUAAUACUGUGUGUAUAGGACUAUAACAAUGCUGCUUAUUGUGACAAAUCACUAUUAAACUACUUUCAUAAUUUA